AUGCUGCGCACCCCAGCAUCGAGUCUGCUGCGCAAAGGCCUGGUGCGCAGUGUCCCUGCUGCUACCUCACGAGCCGUUUCCAGCCAGGCUCUUUCGAACCCUACACUCAAAAACAUCGAGAAGCGAUGGGAGGGAAUGCCUCUCCAGGAACAGGCCGAUCUGUGGAUGGCACUCCGGGAUCGCAUGAAGGGUAACUGGAGCGAGUUGACCCUGCAGGAAAAGAAGGCCGCAUACUGGAUCGCCUUUGGUCCCCACGGCCCCCGUGCUGUUGACCCUCCUGGCACCAAUGCCCGCGUAGCUUGGGGUGUUGCCGUCGGCCUUGCUGCCAGCUUUGCGAUUUUCGCGGCCAUUCGAUCGGUUGCUAAGCCCGAACCCCAUACCAUGUCCAAAGAAUACCAGGAAGCUUCCAACGAGCUCCUUAUUCAACAAAAAGCCGACCCUCUCACCGGUAUUGCCUCCGAGGGCUACAGUGGCAAGGGCAUGGUCCAGUCUCCCCCCAAGGGCCACUAA